CGCUUCCCAGCCCGCUGGCGCGGAAACUUUGGGGAGAGGGUUCUCGCCCCCAUCAUCGCUUGCUUUGCUCAGCUUGUCCUCUCUUCUCUCCUAGCCAACUGGCUCGGGACAGCCGGUACUAUUCGGGAUUUGGAAGAGAAGGAGAGGUGCCUUUAGAAGGGAAGGAGGGGUCUGUUAUCUUGCAGGACUAACAGCCAGGGCUCCCGUGUCAGACAGCCCUGGGUUCCGGUCCCCGCGUCCCUGCUGGUCAGCUGUGGGGCAUUGGCCCGCUCUCUGCCUAUCUGUUAAAUGGGAAUACAGUGAUCCCAGGCUGACGGGUGCUGCGAAGAUAGAAGGAGGUGACUAAGGUGCCUAGCAGUGCCUCCGUCAAGGCCUACGACGUGGGAGCUGCUGUCAUCAUUGUUGGGGUACCUUGUGCAGGUUCUUGAAGAUCCCUUGAGAAAGUGAAAAAAGGCAGGACUCUCAGGCUGCAGGCGACCUGGCCACCUUUCACCCUUGUAUUCAAAUUUGCCCUAACCCUUGUUGACUUACAGGCUAUUUCCUCCUUCAGGGUAGACAGCCCGACCUUCGUCCUCCAUAGGCAGCCACCGCCUAGGUUCCUAAUCCACCUCUUCCUCCUGUUAGCUGUGUGGUUUGGGGCAGGUUACUUAACCUCUCUGAAGAAACCGAAGUUUCUUCUGGAACACAGAGUAAAGGCUCCGGCCUCCUAGCAGUGCUGUAUCAGAUGACAGUGGAGUCCUUGAAUGCCCUGCCGAACCCCACCUUCUCCAGGUGCUAGAGAUGGCAGAUGAUCAAGACUGUGUUGUGGAGCAGGGAGCUGGGGAUUCGACAAGCACAGAUGCAGUUGAUGCUAAGCCAGACCGGUCCUCCUUUGUCCCAUCACUCUUCAGUAAGAAGAAGAAAAAUGGCCCAGAGAGAUCCAUCACGACCAACCGCAACCGAGAGCCUACAUAUCAGUAUAACAUGAACUUUGAGAAGGUGGGCAAAUGCGUCAUAAUAAACAACAAGAACUUCGACAGAGGUACAGGAAUGGGCGUCCGAAACGGAACAGACAAAGAUGCUGAGGCCCUUUUCAAGUGCUUCCGAAACCUGGGUUUCGACGUGGUCGUCUAUAAUGACUGCUCUUGUGCCAAGAUGAAAAGUCUGCUGAAACAAGCUUCUGAAGAGGACCACCGAAAUUCAGCCUGCUUCGCCUGCAUCUUAUUAAGCCACGGAGAAGAAAAUUUAAUUUAUGGAACAGAUGGCAUGACACCAAUAAAGGACUUGACAGGCCAUUUUAGGGGAGAUAGAUGUAAAACCCUUUUAGAGAAACCCAAACUCUUCUUCAUUCAGGCUUGCCGAGGGACAGAGCUUGAUGACGGGAUCCAGGCCGACUCGGGGCCUAUCAAUGACGACACAGAUGCUAAUCCUCGAUAUAAGGUCCCAGUUGAAGCCGACUUUCUCUUCGCCUAUUCCACAGUUCCAGGCUAUUACUCAUGGAGGAACCCAGGGAGUGGCUCCUGGUUUGUUCAGGCGCUCUGCUCCAUCCUGAACGAGCACGGGAAAAGUCUGGAGAUCAUACAGAUCCUCACCAGGGUGAACCACAGGGUGGCCAGACACUUUGAGUCUCACUCGGAUGACCCACGCUUCCACCAGAAGAAGCAGAUCCCCUGUGUCGUCUCCAUGCUCACCAAGGAACUCUACUUCUGAGAAGAACCAUGCCAGGGGUGCACUCUAGCUGAGAAGCGACAGAUCACUUGUUAAUGAAUCAAUUUUUUUUUGACACUCACUCUUGAAAUAUCCAGAAAUUCUAAAGGAUUUUAAUUUCAGGAAAGUUUAUUGAUUCAACAGGAAAGAAACUUUCUGGUGCUGUCUUAUGUUCUCUGAAUUUUCAGAGGCUUUUUUUUUUUUUUUUUUUUACAAUUCAUUUGUUGACUUUGGUUAUUCAUUUGGUGACUUUGUAAUUUCCUCUUAAGGUUAAUUUUCUGUUCCUAUUUCUUUCUCCUUGUUGUACACAGUACAUACAACAGAAAAUGAUUUUUCAUUGGCGUAGGGCGGAUUCUCAUGCAAAAAUUCCCAGCUAAGUUAGAGGGGAAAAGAAUUUAAUGAUUCUAAUAUGUUUCAGUCAGGAUCCAGUCAGGAAAAUGGAAACCAUCCUAGGUGUUUCAGUAGAGGGAAUUUAAUAGAGGAAAUUGAUGUACUUAGAUGAUAAAGGAAAAGCCAAACAAAAGGAAGUGGUUACCACCUAGGGCUCUGAAUGGAUGUAGUUCCGUGAGUCCAGAAGCUGGAGUUGUCCACAAGAGCUGGAACCAGGGUGGGGGCUACCUGGUGGGAGCUAGGACCACCAAAGAGUUGUAGCAAAUGGAGCCAUGGCAGGCACAAAUCCCCUGCCUGAGAUGAGGCAAUGCCGGUGAGUCAGACGUGGAGAAGGACCCUCCUCUUCACCUCUCCUCCUGCCCUCGAGUCUUCCUCCAGCACCAAACCGUUCCAGCCCUACCAGGAAGCCAGUGGCAAGGGCCCUGGGAAAUGUGAUUUCCUGCAAUACAGAGGAGAGCAAGGGAUAACGACACAGGGGAAGAAUAAGAAACGGAUAUAAGCCUAGCCCUUAAUGUGAAUAUAAGUGAUCAUAUUCCCUGAUGUUCAGCAAUGCCUCCAUUCAAUCAUUUAUUCCUCGAGUUGUCAGAUAAUCUGUGUAUUGCCACUCUGUGCAAAAUAAUCUGUUGUAGCUUUCAAAUAUACCUGGAACUUUUUAGAUUAUUCCAAGCCUUUUUCUGAGUAAAUUUUUUGUUGCCUCUAAUUCUCUAAGUGGGGUAAAAUUCAUGGUAAAGAUUUUUGCACUUUGUUUUCAAGGUGAUGUUGUUUUUUGAAUUCUUGAUAAAUUACUGUUUUAUUCUGCCUAAUAACUGGUUAACAAACAAAUGUUUAUAUUUAUUGAUUAAAACGUGGUGGCUUAAUUCCUAA